GGCUAAACUCCUAUGUGCAUAUUCUUAGUUGAGCAGGUUGCAAAGCAGCAAGUUGAUCUCUAACUUGCUCCCACUAAUAGCUGGAAUACUACAGACAGAUUGUAAACACACAACUUUCACAGCAGGGGUGUGCUAUUGCUGCUUUUACUCUGCCAUAGAAGUUGGCACAAGUUUCUUCCCUAGGUUUCGUCUGCGAUCAAGAUGGGCAAUGAGCAUUCUAAAAACAAGGCUGAGCAGGCUCCAGAAAAGCCCCUGCAUGAAGGAUUGAAUGGCCAUGCUGUAAGCAUCUCAUCCAAUGGCCUGGAGAAUGUUAUCAGUGAAGCAGCUGUGGAGCAGAACAGUAUGCCUCCCUCACUGCCUCCCUCUGAAGAGUCAGGUAUAGUGGAGGCAGAUGGCAGUGGUCUUGGGCCUGUGGUGGUGGAACAGAAGUCUGCCAUCAAGGAGGUUCCAGAAGUGGAACCAGAGACACAGAAUGCUAAGACUCAAAACACACCGGAACCAGAACUGGAACCAGCCACCCAAGAGAAGGAGGAGCCCAAGAACAGUACGAAAGAAAAAGUGAACAUCUUUGAAAAUCUGUUCAAGAAGAAAGCUAAGCCUCAACCCACCCCCAACCCAGAUCCAGCCCUGGAAAAGGAGGAGCCCAUAAAGGACAAGAUUGUGGAGGAGAUUGAAAGUUCUGCAGAAGAUCAGAAAGUCCCUGUGGCUGUGACCGAUGGGAUCCAAGCUGAGCCACUUGCUGAGGUAAAGGAGGAUACAGAGACUUCAAAGGAGCGUCCCAACCCUAGUCCAGAGGCAGAGGAGGUCAAAAGCCCCAAAAUUGCAGAGGAAAGCAGUCACAUUCAGGAAAACCAAGAGGGAGAGAGUCAAACAGAAGAUAAUCCAGUUAUGAACUUCUUCAAAACACUAGUGACUCCCACAAAAAAAAACAAGCAAGAAACAGCCACCCCUGCUGUUGCAAAAGACCAGAAAGAGGCCCAACCAACAACAACAACUACUGCUGCACAACUAGUGGAUGCUCCAGCAACAGCCAAAGGAGGAAUGUCAAUCCCACCAGCCCCAGCCCCAGCCCCAGCCCCAGCCCCAGCCCUAGCCCCAGCCCCAGCCCCAGCCCCAGCCCCAGCCCCAGCCCCAGCCCCAGCCCCAGCCCUAGGCUCAUGUAAGAUGGAGGUUAAAGCAGAACUAGCUGCCCAAUCUGUGACCAACACACCAAACGAAGAACCAAAGGGUGCUGCCAAAGAACCAGAGGCCGCCAAGCCGAAAUCUGACCGCCCGUUCAGCAGACUUUUCAGCAGAAAGGCACUGAUAGGCCUCAAGUCUAAAAUCAAGGUUAAGUCAACAAGUGGAGCCAGAGCCCCUGCCAAGCCUGCUGCAGCGACAGUGGAACCAGUGGAGCCACAGCCGGUUGUGGAAGUACAGACAGUGGAACCAGUGGAGCCACAACCGGUUGUGGAAGUACAGAAUGUAGACUUCUCAAAGACGGCCACUCUGGAGGCCUCUGCCACACUAGAACCACCACCUGCACCGGAGGAAGAGAAGACACCUGUUGCCUCCAAAGCCUCUCCUUUCACUUCCUUUUCUCUUUUCAAGACAAAGGCAGCUGUGCCAAAAAAGGAAGUCCCUGCCCCAGCUGCAGAAGCGGUAGCUGAACCAAGUGUAGCCAAGGAGGAACCAAAGGCCCCAGAGGACCCUGCUGUGGACAGCAAGCCCGUGUCAGAGCCCUCCGAGGUUAUGGAGAAUUCCCCCGUCCUCCCUAAGAGACUUGAGAAGAGGAACUCCAUCCACUUGUUCUUCAAAAACCUGGGCAAACGCCAGUCAGAUGCAGGAGUACAAACAGAACCAGAGAAGACCAAAUAAAACGGAAACACCCUUUCAAACUUCACAUGCCAUAUCUGGAAAUGAACUUUUGAUUUGUUAGAUGCAUUAUGUUUCUGAUCACACUAUUGAAGGGAUGAUGGUAAGAGCAAGUGGUUUGAGGGAGAUAGGUGGACUGUGGACUGGUCUGUUUUAGUCUAAUCUGUGUGGACGAUUUCAGAGAAUUGUUCUUUGUGGAGGAGGUAAAUAUAUUUUCUGGUUUUAAAGGCUUGAUAGGUAGAGAAAAGUGGUUUUGUAACAUAUACUGAGAGCAAAAUCCAUUUUCUAUACAGUAUGUACCCUUCUUUUAACAUACAUGUCAAACUCAUUCCACGGAGGGCUGAGUGUCUGCGGGUUUUUGUUCCUCCCUUGAUUGAUUGAUUAAUUAAGGUCACUAAUUAGUAAAGAACUCCCCUCACCUGGUUGUCUAAGGUCUUAAAAACGAAACACCCACAGACACUAAGCCAUUCAUGGAAUGAGUUUGACACCCCUGCUUUAACAUAUUAAUAUGUGUAAGGAUCUAAUGCAAAUAUUACGUUGAGCAUAUUUUUUUCCCUCUUCAUAAACACAUUUUACUAGUCUGAAAAUAACUUGUGGGGUGCAUACAAUGGUUUCAGAUACAUUCAUAGGACGUCUUGCAGAAGAGAUGCAUAAAGCUUAGCUUGGGAUAGAGAGAUAGUAAUGGAAUAUACUCCAAAUGUAAUGGGAGGAGUUGGUGAAAUGGUGGAUAUUCCUGCCAAGAUGUUUUUAUUUAGGCUAGACACAUGCAAUUUACAAUGUAGGCUUUAAACUUUGCAGGAACUGUACACGGAUGCAAAUAUAUGCCAAACACUAAAUUACAAUAUAUAAUCAUACUCUACUGAGCUAACAUGGAUUUUUUUUUAAAGAUCAUAUCAUGGAUCCUUUAGCUAUUUAAUUUUUCAUUUAGGUUAAAUAUUGAAUUUGGCCUUUUAAUGCUACAACCUAUAGAAAUGCAUUGAACAACACUCAUAAAUGGCAAAACAGAGUUCAAAAAUAAAUAAUAAGGAAUAUGUUUUUGAAUUGUCUGUCCUACAUCUAGGAGAUGUAAUAAAGUUCAGGAUUUACACAUAUUUAACAUAUUUUGGGGUGUCACAAAACUACUUCUAUAUUUGUUUUUAUUAUGUUAAUUAGAUUGACGCACGGGUGCGUUGAUCAACUUUAGGGGGUAUUUAAAGCUAUUUUUUUCUGUAACUGUUAAGAGAAUAAAUGUAUACAAUUA